AGCUCCAAGGAAAGCAAGGAGAGUAAGAUCCUUGGUGGAAAUCUAUGAACAAACUCAAAGGUGUCAAAUGGCACAUGUCGAGGAGCCUAGCUGUUUUGAGGAAGCAAGCAGAACAGAAAAUGGUGCAAAGCUAUAGAUGAGGAAAUAGAAGCCUUGGAAAGAAAUCAAACAUGGGAGCUUGUGGACUUGCCUAAAGACAACAAAGUUGUAAGUCUAAAGUAGGUAUACAAGACCAAGUACAAUUCUGAUGGGUCAGUUCAUAAACACAAGGCUCGGUUGGUUGCUAGAGGUUAUAUGCAGCAAGAAGGUGUGGAUUUUGAUGAGACUUUUGCACCGGUUGCCAGGUUUGAUACUAUUCGAACUGUUUUAGCUUUAGCUGCUCAACAUAAGUGGUCUGUUUUUCAGUUUGAUGUGAAGUCAGCUUUCUUGAAUGGAUUCUUGGAGGAAAAUGUGUAUGUACAGCAGCCUCAGGGUUAUGAAAUUGAAGGACAGGAGCAGAAAGUGUACAAGUUGAAGAAAGCACUCUAUGGUCUGAAGCAAGCACCAAGAGCUUGGUAUGAAAGAAUUAAUGCUCAUUUCUGCAGCCAUGGAUUUCAUAAAAGUCCAAGUGAGCCUACUUUGUAUAUUCAGACCAGAGGUGGAGAUGAGGUACUGUUAGUGUGUCUUUAUGUUGAUGAUUUAAUAUACACUAGCAAUAGCUCUUUUUUGUUGAAAGAAUUUAGAAGAAUGAUGGUUAAUGAGUUUGACAUGACUGAUCUGGGUUUAAUGAGAUAUUUUUUGGGGUUGGAAGUGGUUCAAAAUGGUGAGGGAAUUUUUAUUUCCCAAGAGAAAUAUACUAAAGAUCUCCUUAAGAAGUGCAGAAUGGAAGAUUGCAACUCAGUGGGAACUCCAAUGGUUUCUAAUCAAAAGUUCAGUUUGGAUGAUGGAGAAGAAAAAGUUGAUGCUCAUGCCUAUCGCAGCCUUAUUGGGAGUCUUCUUUAUCUCACGAACAGCAGGCCUGAUAUUACUUUUGCCACCAGUGUGCUAUCUCGUUUUAUGCAAAGUCCAAGUAAGACACAUUAUGGAGCAGCGAGGAGGAUUCUAAGAUACUUGAAGGGGACAAUCUCUUUUGGAAUUUUAUAUGCCAAAAAUGAACAAUUUAAUUUAUUUGGGUACUCUGACAGUGAUUGGGUAGGUUGUGUUGAUGACCAGCGUAGUACUUCAGGUUAUGCUUUCUUUUUGGGGUUCGGUGCUAUUUGUUGGAGUUCAAAGAAGCAAGCCUCUACAGCUUUGUCAUCUUCAGAAGUAGAAUAUAUCUCCUUAACAGCAGCAGCGUGUCAAGCCACAUGGACAAGAAGAAUUCUGGAGGAUAUGAAGCAAGUACAAGUGCAGCCAACAACAAUAUUUUGUGACAAUCAAUCGACCAUUGCGAUGACAAAAAAUCCAGUAUUCCAUAGUCGAACUCGUCACAUUGAGACUCGGCACCAUUUCAUAAGGGAGUUAGUGGCGAGUGGAGGCUUGGAAGUUGUUCACUGCAAUUCAAAGGAUCAAGUCGCUGACAUCUUUACGAAGCCACUUCCUUUGGAUAAGUUUAUCCAUUUAAGGGAUUUGCUUGGAGUUUUAAAUUUCAGCAUUAAGGGGGAGCAUGUUACAAUAUAAUGCUGAAAUGGGUUUUUUGCUUUGGUGUCAAUUUCUUUGCUUAGCUGUCAAUUUCUGGUUUAUGUGUCUUCAAGAUAAAUUGCAGGAUUAGUUUAUAAUUUGACAGAGUCCAAGUUUGUUAUUGAGUCUUUAUUUAGUGGAGUAUGGUUCCUUAUUUUUAGAGAUAAGAUUAGUUUCCUUUUUUGCAGAUCGUGGAGUCAUGGAGUCCUUGUAUUGUGCAAUCUGUUGCUCUACAUUUUCUAUUUAAAUGGGCACAGAUCAGUUGAAUAAAUAUCCUCAAUUCAGUUCAUCUUUUCUGUUGCACACCAAGUGUUUGAUUAAUUGCCUCAUAGAAAUUUCAUUUACUUUAACCCCUGUUUUUUAUCAGUUCCAUUCAUCCACGAAAUUUCUUCGAUUGGAUUAGAAGGUUCCACUACGUACCUCAUGACUCUGCUUUUUCAGUUAAUUAGAGAAAAAAAAAAAAAACUAGUUUUAUCAUCGAAUGUUCUUCGAUUGGAUUAGAAUCCAUUUUCUUUGUAGUUUUCGGCCUUUUUGGUUUCUCUUUCAUUCCUCUCCCUUGUACAGUUUCUCCUU